AGAAGAAGAUUUUGGGACGAUCAAGCAUGCUGACAACGAUAUGGCAAAUGAAAAUCCAUCUACGAACUCCGAUCUCGAAUUGGCGGUACUUCGAUUUCUGUUCCGUUUUCGUUCUUGCGUUCAUACCAACUUAAGUUUGAUCGAUUUGCUUAUUAGGAUUAUGUUCGCUGUACUUUGUAGUGUUAACCGGAAUGAGCAUGAAAGCGUAGAUCUGGAUUUAAGGUUUAGUAGUGUGCUACAAUAUGAAAUUUUGACUGUUAAAGGCUCUUUUAUUGUGCAGAUCCCACUUGUGGAGGACUUAGAAGCAGUGGUGACAGAUUCUAAUGAAGAGCAUGAUGAGUUUGCCUCAGAGUUUAGUUGUGAAACUGGUAGUGCUAAUACUGAUUCUGAGACAGUAAUAGUGAUCCCACUUGUGGAGGACUUAGAAGCAGUGGUGACAGAUUCUAAUGAAGAGCAUGAUGAGUUUGCCUCAGAGUUUAGUUGUGAAACUGGUAGUGCUAAUACUGAUUCUGAGACAGUAAUAGUGAUCCCACUUGUGGAGGACUUAGAAGCAGUGGUGACAGAUUCUGAUGAAGAGCAUGAUGAGGUUCACCUAUUUGACGUUGACGGGUUUCGUCAAAAAAGAAGGGAGCAUCGAGACCUAGUGAAAAAGAAAAAGGCCAGAAAAUUUCUUCCCAGAAUGAUGUCUGAUUACCUUGGCUCUACUAAGAGGACAACUGAAAAGCUUGCAUCUGUAGCUUCAACCGAGUCUGAGAUAGAAAUAGCUUCAACCGAAUCUGUUGCUUCAACCGAAUCUGUUGCUUCAACCUCGGAGUUUAUUAGUGAAACUGAUAAAACAGAAGCAGUUAUUCCACCUAUGGAGGUCAAGAACUCAGAUGAGACAGUACCAGCGAUUGCACUUGUGGAGGACUUAGAAGCAGUGGUGACAGAUUCUAAUGAAGAGCAUGAUGAGUUUGCCUCAGAGUUUAGUUGUGAAACUGGUAGUGCUAAUACUGAUUCUGAGACAGUAAUAGUGAUCCCACUUGUGGAGGACUUAGAAGCAGUGGUGACAGAUUCUAAUGAAGAGCAUGAUGAGUUUGCCUCAGAGUUUAGUUGUGAAACUGGUAGUGCUAAUACUGAUUCUGAGACAGUAAUAGUGAUCCCACUUGUGGAGGACUUAGAAGCAGUGGUGACAGAUUCUGAUGAAGAGCAUGAUGAGUUUCACCUAUUUGACGUUGACGGGUUUCGUCAAAAAAGAAGGGAGCAUCGAGACCUAGUGAAAAAGAAAAAGGCCAGAAAAUUUCUUCCCAGAAUGAUGUCUGAUUACCUUGGCUCUACUAAGAGGACAACUGAAAAGCUUGCAUCUGUAGCUUCAACCGAGUCUGAGAUAGAAACAGCUUCAACCGAAUCUGUUGCUUCAACCUCGGAGUUUAUCAGUGAAACUGAUAAAACAGAAGCAGUUAUUCCACCUAUGGAGGUCAAGAACUCAGAUGAGACAGUACCAGCGAUUGCACUUGUGGAGGACUUAGAAGCAGUGGUGACAGAUUCUAAUGAAGAGCAUGAUGAGUUUGCCUCAGAGUUUAGUUGUGAAACUGGUAGUGCUAAUACUGAUUCUGAGACAGUAAUAGUGAUCCCACUUGUGGAGGACUUAGAAGCAGUGGUGACAGAUUCUAAUGAAGAGCAUGAUGAGUUUGCCUCAGAGUUUAGUUGUGAAACUGGUAGUGCUAAUACUGAUUCUGAGACAGUAAUAGUGAUCCCACUUGUGGAGGACUUAGAAGCAGUGGUGACAGAUUCUAAUGAAGAGCAUGAUGAGUUUGCCUCAGAGUUUAGUUGUGAAACUGGUAGUGCUAAUACUGAUUCUGAGACAGUAAUAGUGAUCCCACUUGUGGAGGACUUAGAAGCAGUGGUGACAGAUUCUGAUGAAGAGCAUGAUGAGUUUCACCUAUUUGACGUUGACGGGUUUCGUCAAAAAAGAAGGGAGCAUCGAGACCUAGUGAAAAAGAAAAAGGCCAGAAAAUUUCUUCCCAGAAUGAUGUCUGAUUACCUUGGCUCUACUAAGAGGACAACUGAAAAGCUUGCAUCUGUAGCUUCAACCGAGUCUGAGAUAGAAAUAGCUUCAACCGAAUCUGUUGCUUCAACCGAAUCUGUUGCUUCAACCUCGGAGUUUAUUAGUGAAACUGAUAAAACAGAAGCAGUUAUUCCACCUAUGGAGGUCAAGAACUCAGAUGAGACAGAAGUAGUGGGGAUCUCAGCCUCUGAGUUUAUUAGUGAAACUGAUAAAACAGAAGCAGUGAUUCCACCUAUGGAGGUUGAGAACUCAGAUGAGACUUCUUCAUUCUUGACUUCUUCUUCAUCUGAUGUGGAAAAGAAUAGACGAGGGCGAGCCCAAGGCCGAGUUCCGCCAAAUAGGCAGCGUCAAUUUAAGAAGAAGAAGUGUGAGGUUAAGAGGAGGGAGAAGCUUAAGCACACAUUUUUCAACCCGUGAGCUUCUUCAAGAGGGAAUCGUUGAGAUGUUACUUCUUUUCGGGAUUUUCAUUUGGUAUGUUUCUGAUUGUGAGGAUUUCGAUCGAAAAUGCUACUUUAAAAUUCUUGCUCUGCAUUUAUCCAUUGAUCAUCACAGUCCAAGAAAAAACAUUUCUUUGA